UCCUUCUGACAACAGACUGCUAUGUGUAGGCUAUUAUGUUACGGAGCCCUGGCGGUAGGGUACCGAUGCCUUUUGGCUGUGUGAAGGCCUCACGCUCACGUCCAACUUUUGCAGUUUUUGACAGGGCAGGUUGGCAGACCCAAGGACGCGCCAAUGCGAUGUUGUAGAAUGAGACGCCAACAUGGACCUUUCUAGAAUUUAAAGAAAGGUCCAGGUGGCCCACGAAAGGUGCGACAAACGGGGUGAAUCAUUCUGCUUUCUUAUCGGAAAGAAGAUGGCGGAGUUCUCCCCAGUCCUGCGGGAUGGAGGCGGACGGUUCGGGCAACCCAUCUUCCCCAGGUCGCGCUCAGGAUCAGAAUCGGAGAGCGAGUUGUCACAAAGUCUGGCUCGUACCAAAACCCGGUCCUAUGGUAGUACGGCCAGUGUUUUUGCCUCUUUGGGAGAGAAAUACAUUGAGCAUUGUGUGACAGACAGCGACACACUGCAAGGGAUAGCCCUCAAAUAUGGUGUUACGAUGGAGCAAAUCAAGAGGGCAAACAAGCUCUUCGGCAACGACUGUAUAUUCCUGCGCAACAGCCUAAACAUCCCAGUGGCCUCGCAAAAGCCUCCCCUCUUCAACGGACUGUCCUUGGAGUCCCCGGAUAGCGAGGCCACCACUCCCCAGGAACUGCCCUACGUGGCUCCCGACACUGACGAACCCUCACCCACCCCUUCGCCACCACCGGAACCCGAGGUCAAACCCCCGAAGCCCGAGGAACUCUCUGCUAAAGACUAUUUGCAUAGACUGGACUUGCAAAUUAAACUAUCCAAACAGGCUGCAAGAAAGUUGAAAGAGGAGGAUAAUACCAGGGAUGAAGAUGAAGACACAUCAUAUCCAACCACAUCCUACCAGGAAAUCUGACGGAGAGGCAGGUGUCUGUUCUGCCCAGUUCAAUGACAAUUCUCCAAUCUUUGCCCUUGUGUUUUGUUUAUUGUUUUUUGUCUUUUUGCUAUUUUAAGUGUUGCUUUUACCAAACUUAAACUUUAACGGUACAUGACCUCCCCAGGCCUGUUCUGAGGUCAUCCAUUGCCUUCCUCUUUUUUGCUGUUAGUAUUAUUGAUGUAUCUUUUUAAUUGUUAUUAUUAAUACUAUUUUGUUUGAUGCUGUGUUUCCAAAUGGAACAUCAGGAACUGUAGCUGAAUGUCACCAGCAGGUGGCAAUGUAGACAAGCAGCACUGAAUCACAUCCACUUUGGCACGUUCAGUGGCCCUGCAACAGAAGAGCUCACACUGGGUAGUGGUAGCUCUCAGCUCCAGGUUGUACUAGAUUUAAAGGAGCAGGAGCAUUUGGAAACAUAGGAUGCAAUGUUUUUUUUUUUUUGAGUUGCCCAUCUGCCCUUACAUCCAUUUUGUUUUGCUCUGGGGUUUAGGCCACAAAGGUAGCCACAAACACUGGAUGCUAUUUUAAUAAAAAGCUGCUUUAAAGAUAAGAUCUCCUUCCCACCUGACUUCCCCAAAGCAAAGGCAGGGACUCUGCACUAAGUAGGCGUUUUGCUGUCGCAAUCAAAUAGGCUAAUCAAUACUCUUUCAUAUGACGUCACUGCAGUAUCUCAUCCGAGAAAGCUUGCAGUCUUCACCUUGUCACGUUGCAGCUGUGUACGGCACAACAUUUACUGCAAGCUGUCAGUGUGUGACGGCUCAUCAAUAUCAAACAUUUCUUUGCCUGCACAAAAAGUGUUUUUGUCAGAAGGAAGGGAAACUUUUUUAGUAGUAUACAUAUGUGUGAAUGUGUUCUUUUUUGAGUGUGUGUGCGUGUACGGAGUGUGUUGAAAAGAGGGAAUUUUACUGUGCUAUUUUUUGUCUUAUUUUGAAAAAAUAAUAAAAUGCAUCUGUAAUUCAA